AUGGUGUCAUCUACUCCAUAUCUAGACGCCCUCCGCAGAGACGGCUUCGUCAAGAUUCCUCAUCUCCUGCCACCACACGUCUUGUUAGCCUUGCGGGGAUGUUGCAAAUACACCACCGAGCGGGCGAGAAAUGGUAAAUGGCCAUACGUCCGUACGGUGCCAAAGCAAUACCCACCCUGGCAGGAAUGGACGCCAGGCGACAACAUUUGGGGCGUUCAGCACCUCCUUCACCCCGAUAUGAAUGUCCGAGAUACCUUUGCUGAGGUCUAUUUCUCCGACGAAGUGCUUGACGUCGUAAAAGAGCUAGUCGGCCUCAAGGGCGAUCCUGCAGGCGACGACAAGCUUGUGAUGGAACUGUUCAAUCUACUGGUCAGUCCCGCCGACCGGGUUGAUUUUGAGCUUUGCUGGCAUCGAGACGAUAUCCGGCCUGAUGUAACUCCCGAGGAGGAAGGGAGGCAGCUCAAGGAGAAAAGUCCCGAGGGUCAACAGUUACAUGCGCAAUACAACAUUGCGCUCUUCGAAGAUGCUUCUCUUAUUGUGGUGCCCGGCAGUCAUCGGCGAGUAAGGACCGAGACCGAAAGGCAAGCCGCGCCCUACGAGCCGAAUCUACCCGGACAGUUCCUUGUCGAAUUACAGCCUGGGGAUGCGGUCUUUUAUGACAGCAACAUCCUUCACCGCGGCGUGUACAAGGGCAUCGAUACGUCUAGUGAGCUGGGUCGAAUGACGUUGCACGGAUCCGUGGGACUAGCAGGCCACGGAACCGAGCGCGCCCGACAGGUAUUGCAGCACGCCGUUGGAGAGUGGGUCGACAGAGCACCGUUCUCAAUCGAAGGGCCCAAGGGGGAGAGGGCCGAGGCCAUGCGGAAAAGAUUGGUAGACAUGGGUAGCGGAAAGGAUCUCGGAUAUUCUCUUGUAGGAUGA